UCUUUGGGCGUCCGUUUGCGCAUGCUUACUGCAUCACUGCAUGGGCAUUGACGGCAUGCAUGCACGUGUUUGGUGCGUUUAGUAUAAUCAACAGUUGUUAUCCGUCACGAUUUAUUCCUUAUGUAAAUUGAGAAGAUUAUACAGUUUUAGGAGUUUCGGCUAGUGAAUAAUUAUCAAGAUUAACUAAAGAAUUCUUGCACAAUGCCUAAACGACACUUUCCUGCAGUUGACACACAUAAAAGUAAAAUAGAAACCGACGUUAAUGUAAACGGUGUGAAUAAAAGAAGUAAAACUGAUAAAUUUAUCAGUAAAGAAAAGGGAGGAAAAUAUGAGAAGACUUUGACGAGGGAUAUCAAGAAAAACCGUAUUAUUAAAAGCGCAAAAGAAGACCUGAAGAAUGGCUCUAUGGAAAAACCUAACUGGCUUGAAUUCAAGAAAAAGAAGAAAGAACUGAAAGAGAAAUAUAAAGCAAAACGUCUCAGCAGUAUUUACGAUCUAUCGCUUCAAGUAAAACAGAUCGGUGAAAAGUUACGUAGAUCUGACACUACAAAACUAGACCGUAAACAAUUAACUACGAAGGCACAUGAUUUAUUGAAGAAUAAUUAUAACAGAGUUAUUCUAACACAUGAUUUAUCGCGGAUCGUUCAAUGGAUGUUUAAAUAUUCGGAAGCAGAUAUUAGACAGGCGAUAUUUAAUGAGUUGAAGCCCUGUCUGUCAUCUAUGAUAGAGUCGAAGUAUGCAAAGAAUUGUAUUAAAACUAUGUUGAAAUAUGGUUCACAAGAAAUGAAACGAGAGAUUAUUUCUGCCUGCUAUGGCAAUGUAGUCAAACUAGUGAGCCAUUCGGUGUCUGCACCAUUGUUGGAGAUCAUGUAUUCCACGCAUGCAACGGAAAAAGACAAGAGAUUUCUGAAGCAGGAAUUUUAUGGCGAUAUGUAUAAACAAGCUAAGGAUAACACUAUUAGGACUUUAUCUGACGUGUAUAAAACAGCCAAAGACAUGAAAACAGCAACGUUAUCUGCAGUGAAAGGAAAUUUGAUGAGGAUAUUGAAUAAGAAGCUUUUGAAUUGUACUCUUGUACAUUGUAUCCUCCUGGAAUUUUUAGAAAAUUGUACUACCGAGGAUAGAACAGAAAUAAUAGCUAUGCUAAAGAGUUCAAUAGUAGAAUUGUCUCAGACGAAAUUUGGUUCGAAAGUUGCUGCAAUUUGUAUAUGGCAUGGUACUAGCAAAGAUCGGAAAAUCAUCAUGAAAUCUCUGAAGGACAAUGUAAAAGAUAUUUCAAUGUCUGAGCAUGGAUAUUUAAUAUUAUUAGCAUUGUUUGAUUCGGUAGAUGAUACUGUUCUAGUCAGGAAAAUCAUUCUCUCAGAAAUAUUGAAUAACUUGACUGAUAUAAUAUUAAACGAUAAUGGGAAACGCGUAAUUCUAUAUUUAAUAGCUCGAAGAAAUUCUCAUUAUUUUGCUCCCGAUAUUGUGAAAUACUUGGAGCAAGGAGACAAUAAUGCAGCGAGUAAAAAGUCAGCUGAUAUAAGAGAGAAAGAACUUCGCGAAUCAGUUUCUGAACAACUUCUUGAAGCUAUAACUACAAACACCUCCGUAUGGAUGUCCAAUAGUUCGAUCGCAAUGGUAACAUUAGCAAUACUAAAAAUAGGCAAUGGAGUAAAAUUGAACGAAGCUUUCAAUGCUGUCGCUAAGUUCAUCACUGAUCCGAAGUUAAAGAUUAAAGAAGGAGAUAAUGAAAAUAAAUUAGUCGAACAUGCAGGACUACACAUGAUGUUGAAAAAACUUAUACAGAACGAUAAAGAGCUGCAAGAAAAAGGUGAGAGCACGUUUGGAGAAGCAUUACUUAAUUAUUUAAAACCAAACGUUAUAGAGGAAUGGAUAGAAUGUAAUAGAGGAUGUUUCUUAUUAAUUGUAUUACUAGAAAAUGAAACAACAUCUACUGUAGAAUCUAUCAUUUCUAAAUUAAAACAAAUAAAAAACAUCCUUAAAUCAAAAACAAAUCCAGGUGCU